GGCCGCACCGCCAACGUGCGCGCACUGCUCGAGGCAGGCGCCGGGCCCAACGUGCCCGACGCCAAGGAGGAGCGGCCGCUGCACCUGGCGGCGGCCGCGGGAGCCGUGGAGACGCUGCACGCGCUGCUUGACAGCGGUGCCACUGGCGACGCACGCAGCGCAGACGGCCGCUCGCCGCUGCUGUUCGCCGCCUGGUACGGACACGCAGCCGCUGUCGACGCACUGCUGACGGCAGGCGGCGCAGACGUGACAGUGACCAACCGGAACGGCAGGUCGGCGCUGCAGUGCGCCGCGCGCAGUGGCUCCGUGCUGACGGCGCGCCUGCUACUGGCCGCCGGGGCAGAUGUCAACGUCAGAGACCACAACGGGAAGACCGCCGUGGAUGUCGCCAAGAAGCGCGACCACAAAGUUCUCCUAAGAGUUCUACGCGAAUCUUAAACACUCUGGUAGCUGACAGCCAGUGACCCCCAUAUCUCAUCUGCCUUCAUACAAUUAUAAUGAAAGGAACGAAAAGUACAUCCCAGAAUGAAGUGUACGUCAUCCACACUUUCUCCCUAAUUUUCACAUCCAGUUGAGCCGAGAAAGUGAGCCCCUCCCAGCAUCAGACUAACAUGCUGGCAGGAUUGGCACAGAGAUAGCAAGCUAUGUCUCCUCCAACUAGUAAUUAAAAAUGAUUUUUCAGCUAUUGUUGCGAUCCUCUGUUCUCUACAUUAUCUAUCUUGUGCAAACCUAUUCACUGCCGCAUAACUACAGCAACCUACAUCCACUUCAGCCUGCUUAAUAUAGUCAAGUCUUUGCCUCCCUCUUCCGUUUUUACUCCCUCACCCCACCUCCACCACCACCAUUAUCAAACUGACCAUUCCUCGAUGCCUGAUCACCUCGACUGUUCCCUUAUUUUAGCUGUGUCAUAAAUUUAUUUUCUCCCAGUUUAAUUGAGUACUUCCUCAAAAGCUGUCCAAUCUACCUGCCUAAUCUUUGACAUUCUUCUGCAGCACCAUAUUACAUAAGCAUAUAGUCUCUUACUGUCUCAUUUGUUAAUCACCCCAUUUCACUUCUGUACUGGGUUACAGUCCAGGCAAAGGCACCCAUACCCAGGGCCGAGGGGGGAUCCCGACCCCCCACCCCUCGCUCUCAGGGAAAGGAAAAAAUGUAGUGUAGUCAGGUGUUCUUUCAAGAAAACGAUUUAAAAAUAAGUAUUAUGCAGGUUUUCAACAGGGUCAGAACUGGAACUCUCCCCUCCCCCCAAACUACUUUAUGGGUGCCCUUCACUCCAAGCAAAUACUUGCGGAAAAGACUUCCUAACUUUUAAAUACGUACGCCAUGUUAACAAAUUUAUCUUUUUCAGAACUCUUUUUCUUGCCUUGCCAGUCUGCAUUUUUCUGUCCUCUCUACUUCAACUACUGCCAGUUAUUUUGCUACCCAAAUAACAAAACUCAUCUUCUACUUUUCAUGUUUUAUUUACAAUUCUCAUCCCUGAUUUAAUCAACUAUGUUUCAUAACCCUUGUUUUACUUCUCUUUAUAUUCAACUUGCAACCCAUUUUCAGCACAUCACCCAUUUGGUUCAACUGCUCUUCCAAGUCCUUUGCCGCCUCUGACACAAUUAUGAUAUCAUCAACAAACCUGAAAGUUUUCAUUUCUUCUUUCUGAACUUUUAACUCAAUUUCCAGAUCUCUCCUUCAUUUCCUUCAGAGCUCACCCACUGUACAGAUUGAAUAGUAUCAGGGAUGGCCUACAAUCCUGCCUCACUCUCUUCUUAACUACUGCUUCCCUUGCACAUACCUCACCUUCUUAUAACAGCAGUUUGGUUUCUGUACAAGUUGUAGAUAACAUUUAGCUCCCUGUAUUUUAUCCUUCCUACCUCCAGAGUUUCAAAGAAUGUAUUUCAAUCAUUGUUGUCAAAAGUUGCCUCUGAAUCUAGAAAUGCUAUAAAACUAAAUUUCUUUUCCUCAGCCUGUCUUCUAAGAUAAGUCAUAAGGUCAGUAUUGUCUCACAUAUUUCUACAUUUCUCCAAAACCUAAACUAAUCUUCCCCAAGGUUUCCAAUUAUUUUUAUUUUUUGAGGAACCAUGCAUACCACUUGCACUAAGUUGGCACUGCUUCAUAACUUGUUUCCCACAGGAAAAAAAAAAAAAAAAAAAAAAAAAACAACCCAGACUUCAUAAUGUGGCAUUCAGCAAUGGCUACUAUAGUGUUUUAUGUAGACAGUAUUUCUUGAUUACUGAACUGACGUUGACCAGAGAGCAAAUUCCAAGAAAAAAGUGUAUGGACACUGCAAAUGGUGGGAUAGACCAUUAUUACCUUCUGUAAGAGACAUAAGCUGCAGAAAACUUCUGCCAAAAUAUGUUGCACUGGUAGGCCAGUUUCUGGGGGUGUUAAUUUUUCAAAACAAAAAUUAAAACAUAACAAUUAUUCUAUGCAUCAGAUUUCAAAUUCACAAAUAACAUGAAAGGAGCACUCUCAAUAACACAUUAAUUAUACUGGCCUGAGGCUUGGGGCAGACGGGAGGAAGUACCUGUUACGAAACGGUGCAGCACCAGACUAUCAAGCGCAUCGGACUGCCAAACGUCAGAUUAUUAUGAGUCUACUGUACUGUUGUUCAUGAGUCAAGCUGUUAAUCUUGAAAACAUGUAACUCAUACUGAAGUUACACUGUGACAUUCAGAUGCAGAAUUAUUAUUUACACUAUUAAAAUGUAUAAUCAGCAUGCCAUGCAGGUUUGCUGCAUUAUAAUUUUCGUGUAUGAUCAUUUGUCUGUAUUUUAUACAACAUGUCAGUUGUUCAAUUGAAUUAAUUUAAUAUGUUUAAAAAUCUACAGAAAAGAAAAGAGAAUUAAGAGUGAGAAGAAAUAUACCUUUUAGGAUUUGGAACUGGUUAUUCUUCUGCAACAUAA